AUGACUUGGGAGAUUCUUACUAAUAAGGUAACAAAUCGUUUCUGUAGUAAAUGUAGCAUACAACAGGACCAACGAGAGUUUUUGACUCUUCAUAAAGGUAGCAUGACGAUUUCUAAGUAUAAAACUACCUUCACUGAGAAGUCACAAUUCGCUACUGAUUACUGCCUAACCGAGGAGAAGUUGAUUCGUCACUAUGUGGAGGGAUUGCCAUUUGAGUACCUUGCAGUUGUGAGAUUGAAGACCACUUUAGUCGAGGCCAUGGAUGAGGCCCGCAAGAUGGAGAAUGAUAUAGCAAUUCUGGAUCGUACCACAACGAGGUCCGAGGAAAAACGCAAGUGGGAAGGUUCAUCUGAGUCCUCAAAGAAGAAAGAUCACCUAGAUAAGAAGGGUGACAAACCAAAGUACUACAAGAAAUGUCACUCUUCACAUAGAGGUCCAUGCAAUAGUAGUACUGUGAGCUGUAGACGUUGUUGUAAAAUGGGACAUCGUCAUGAGGAUUGUAAGAGUACGGAGCUGAUGUGCUAUAACUGCAGAUAUAUGGGUCAUAUCAGUGCCCAGUGUCCCAAUCCCAAGGUCCAAAUGGAUGCUGGUGGAAAUAAAGAUGAGGUGCCUAAGGCAAAAGCACGUGCAUUCAACAUGAUACCAAAUGAGGCUUGA